CGUCCAGCAAGCGACUGUAGCAAGCAGUGCCAUCUUGACGGGACCGUGUGCUGGACGCCGCAUCAUGGUGUCUUCCGUGAUCGCACAAUGUGUUAUGGUCAUGGUGUGUGUAUCGUCCAACAUCGCUUCAACAAGCCUCACAGCAAGAAACAAUAACGAAAAGUCUGUAAGCCGACGAAUGCUCCUACCGUUUGCCUAUCCAUCUGUCCACAAUUCUUGUGAUUCUGAUCACACAAGAGCAGGGCCACAAACCACGAACUCUGCCCCGUGGAGGCCCGACAAUGGGUCAGCGAAGGGGAGGCCGAACGCUGAGGAGAAACCUAUUGUCUUCAGGGAGAAAGCUGACACCCCACUGGUACUUCCGAACACGAAUUCUCCUUCGAUAAAUUCGCAUGGCGGUAGGACAAACUUGUGGACAAACGGGGAAGGUAUUGAGCAGAGAAUGUUGUUGCCCGAGGGAUUCAGUAUACCGGAAGAAAUGUAUGGGCCGAACUAUAUUUGGGACCGUAAAGGAUGGCCCAGACUUGUGGAGACUACGCCUGAGCCGGAGGACAAUUAUGUCAAAAUUUCAGCUAAGAAGAGACUUCAUAACGAUUCGCCAAUCGUCUUUCAAGAGCAUCCUCAUGUGCCACUGCGCCUUCCAAACGUGAAUCCUACACAGAGAAGUCAACAAAAUAAUCAUCAAAAUAAUUUUUUGGAAGAAAACACCCGCUCCAGAUCCGAAAUGGACGGUCUUGAACAAAGAAUGUUAUUACCCGAAGGACAGAAAAUACCCGAAAAAAUGUACGGGCGAAAUUACAUCUGGGACACGAAGGGAUGGCCUCGAUUGGUAGGAACAGUUCCUCAAGCGAGAAGGAGAGGGGAUAAUACUUCUGUCAAAUCCGACUCCAAGGAAUCGCGCAUAAUAUUCGGAUAAUACCUCUGCUUAACUAGAAAUUGCAAAAGAAAAUACGUGAAUAAACAGUUCACAUGUACCAACAUUCGAAACGUGUAUGCAGUUCAUGUAAACGGUCGAGAGUCAGAGAGCAAGGCGACAUGAAAGUGUGGUUCACAACAAGCCGACUAUUCCGCAAUGUCCUCUGUGUCUUAACGUACUGUUGCAGCAUGAAGAGACGUCGUGUAAGCUGCGCGAAGAGUUCUGACAACGAAGUGUUGUUUACAUGCACUCCAUAGACGUUUAAAUUAGUGUAUAACAGGAAAUAAUAGUAUCUUGAUUUGGGUUUUAUCAAAUAUGUGAUGGACAUGUGGCAACUCCACGAGAAGAGGACGUUAUGACUGAAACAGACCUUGACGGGACAUGAAUCUAAUCGGUGAGAAUCAGGUGAAAAAAAUUUAUUAUUUCUAAGAAAAUAGUUACUGUACUGUGCUGUAUUUCAGAAGGCGUUUUAUGACUACAGUAUAGUAAAGUGUAUUGUAUUAGUAA